GAAUGUGGAAAUGAACUCAAUGGAGGCUGUGUCCAUGACUGUUUGAAUAUUCCAGGCAAUUAUCGCUGUACUUGUUUUGAUGGCUUCAUGUUGGCUCAUGAUGGGCAUAAUUGUCUUGAUGUGGACGAAUGCCUGGAGAACAAUGGCGGCUGCCAGCACACCUGUGUCAACGCCAUGGGGAGCUACGAGUGCCGCUGCAAGGAGGGCUUUUUCCUGAGUGACAAUCAGCACACGUGCAUUCACCGCUCAGAAGAGGGCCUGAGUUGCAUGAAUAAGGAUCAUGGCUGCAGCCACAUCUGCAAGGAGGCCCCCAGGGGCAGCGCCGCCUGCGAGUGUAGACCUGGUUUCGAGCUGGCCAAGAACCAGAGAGACUGCAUCUUGACCUGUAACCAUGGAAACGGUGGGUGUCAGCACUCCUGUGAAGACACAGCUGAAGGCCCGGAGUGUAGCUGCCACGCACAGUACAAGUUGCACACGGAUGGGAGGAGCUGCCUGGAGAGAGAGGACACUGGCCUGGAGGUGACAGAGAGCAAUGCCACAUUGGUGGCAGAUGGGGAUAAGCGAGUGAAACGGAGGCUGCUCAUGGAAACAUGUGCUGUCAACAAUGGAGGUUGUGACCGCACCUGUAAGGACACCUCGACAGGCGUUCACUGCAGUUGUCCAGUCGGCUUCACUCUCCAGUUGGAUGGAAAGACGUGUAAAGAUAUCGAUGAGUGCCAGACCCAAAAUGGAGGUUGUGAUCAUUUCUGCAAAAACACCGUGGGCAGUUUUGACUGCAGCUGCAAAAAAGGAUUCAAAUUAUUAACCGAUGAGAAGUCUUGCCAAGAUGUGGAUGAGUGCUCUUUGGAUAGGACCUGUGACCACAGCUGCCUCAACCACCCUGGCACAUUUGCUUGCGCUUGCGACACAGGGUACACCCUCUAUGGCUUCACCCACUGUGGAGACACCAACGAAUGCAGCGACAACAAUGGCGGCUGUCAGCAGGUCUGUGUGAACACAGUGGGUGACUACGAGUGCCAGUGCCAUCCAGGGUACAAACUCCACUGGAACAAAAAGGACUGUGUGGAAGUGAAGGGGUUCCCGCCCGCUAGCGUGUCACCCCACGUGUCCCUGCUUUGCAGUAAGAGUGGUGGAGGAGACAGGUGCUUCCUAAGAUGUCACUCUGGCAUUCGCCUCUCUUCAGGACUGCAAGAGGCCUACUCUGUCACCUGCGGCUCUCCUCCUCUUAGGAACAAACAGCAAAAGUCAAAUGACUCUGCUUUUGGGGAUGUCGCCACCAUCAGGACAAGUGUAACCUUUAAGCUAAAUGAAGGCAAGUGUAGUUUGAAAAAGGCUGAGCUGUUUCCUGAGGGUCUACGACCAGCACUGCCAGAGAAGCACAGCUCAGUAAAAGAGAGCUUCCACUACGCAAACCUUACAUGCAGCUCUGGCAAGCAAGUCCCGGGAGCCCCUGGUCGACCCAGCGCCCCCAAGGAAAUGUUUCUCACUGUUGAGUUUGAGCGUGAAACUUACCCAAAGGAGGUGACAGCUUCCUGUAAUCUGAGCUGCCUAGCAAAGCGUGCAGAGAAGCGGCUGCGGAAGGCGCUCCGCACACUCAGGAAGGCCACGCACCGGGAGCAGUUUCACCUCCAGCUCUCAGGCAUGGACCUCGAUGUGGCUAAAAAGUCUCCCAGAGCAUCGGAGCGGCAGGCCGAGUCCUGUGGCGUGGGCCAGGGCCAUGUUGAUAACCACUGUGUCAGUUGCAGGGCUGGGACCUAUUAUGAUGGAGCCCAAGAGCGCUGUGUUUUAUGUCCAAAUGGAACCUUCCAAAGUGAGGAGGGACAAGUCACUUGUGAACCAUGCCCAAGACCAGAAAAUCUUGGAGCCCUGAAGACGUCAGAAGCUUGGAACGUGUCUGAAUGUGGAGGUCUGUGCCAACCUGGUGAAUAUUCCGCGGACGGCUUUGCGCCUUGCCAGCUCUGUGCCCUGGGCACAUUCCAGCCGGAAGCGGGCCGUACUUCCUGCUUCCCUUGUGGAGGAGGCCUCCCCACCAAACGUCUGGGAGCUACUUCCUUCCAGGACUGUGAAACCAGAGUUCAGUGCUCCCCUGGACAUUUCUACAAUACCACCACUCACCGGUGUAUCCGAUGCCCAGCCGGGACGUACCAGCCUGAAUUUGGAAAAAAUAACUGUGUUUCCUGCCCAGGAAAUACUACGACUGACUUUGAUGGCUCCACAAACAUAACCCAGUGUAAAAACAGGAGAUGUGGAGGGGAGCUUGGUGACUUCACAGGAUAUAUCGAAUCCCCAAACUACCCAGGCAACUACCCAGCCAACACGGAGUGCACAUGGACCAUCAACCCACCCCCUAAGCGCCGCAUUCUGAUUGUGGUCCCCGAAAUCUUCCUGCCCAUAGAGGAUGACUGUGGAGACUACCUGGUGAUGCGGAAAACUUCUUCAUCCAAUUCGGUGACAACGUAUGAAACCUGCCAGACCUACGAACGCCCCAUCGCCUUCACCUCCAGGUCAAAGAAGCUGUGGAUUCAGUUUAAGUCCAAUGAAGGGAAUAGCGCCAGAGGGUUCCAGGUCCCCUACGUGACCUAUGAUGAAGACUACCAGGAACUCAUAGAAGAUAUAGUUCGAGACGGCAGGCUCUAUGCAUCUGAGAACCAUCAGGAAAUACUGAAGGAUAAGAAACUGAUCAAGGCUCUGUUUGAUGUCUUGGCCCACCCCCAGAACUAUUUCAAGUACACAGCCCAGGAGUCCCGAGAGAUGUUUCCAAGAUCCUUCAUCCGGUUGCUGCGUUCCAAAGUGUCCAGGUUUCUGAGGCCUUACAAAUGAAGCGCCCACGUGCCGCUCAGUACAGACGUUCCACUGUGGGCUGGUAGGACAGAGCCAGCUGCCCUCUGCAAGCCGGGGUGCAGCUCGUCGCUGCCUCCAGUAUCAGUGACUCGCUAGAGUUCAAUUUUAUAGAUAAUACAGCUAUUUUGGUAAACUGAACUUGGUUUUUCUUUGCCACCAUUGUGGAGUGGACUGAACCUGGCUCUGAGCGGCCCUGGCCUCUCACUGCUGGGGACAGACAUCUUGGAGGCAGGGAGGGCUUCCGAGCUGGACUUUAGACAGUGCAGGUGAGACUCACCUGUCCUUCUGGGUUCCCACUCUUGCUCCAGGACUGUGGUAUAGAGGAGACCAUGGAAGGGGUUGCUUUGUCUGAUGCUUCAGCUUCUUCAGUCCCUGUGCAGGCUCUGACCCAGCAGCACAGGCCAGGAGGGAGGUGGGGAGCCCUCCAGGGCCAUCGUCUGCACUGAGACAGGCUAGGUCUCUGGCUCCCCACAGCCUUCCCCACCCCACAUGGUCUGUGUGAUCCCAGGGGCUAGAGUUGUAAGCAGUCAUUUUUUAAGUCAUUAAAAAAUAUUGAAAACAAGGAAUAGGAGAAAAACCUAGGCUCUUCUGCUGACGUGAAGCGUGCAACCUGCUGCCUGCCUUUCUAAUUGCCCUUGGAACCCUUCAGCCAAUGCACAGAACUGGGGCUCAAACCUCUAGACAUAGCCAAGUGCUGCAUUUGGGCUUGAAGCUCGAGUUGGACAUGAUCUCAAGGGGGUUGAAAAUCAUCCACCAUCACAAGAGGGAUAUUCCAACCCCAAGUCAGUACUGCCAAAGGUCCUAUUUUUGCCAGGUGCUUCCUGCCACGGGGGCCAAGGUCCAGAUGAUGCCCAACUGGUCUCUUGGGCUUCCUUCCCCACCCUCCAAGGACAGAGCAGGCUCUGCUUGGAGGAUCUGGGUGGGCAGCGCCGCCAGGGAAGCGCUUGUUGUCUGGUGGCCGUGCCCCUGGCAGGAGCAGCUGUGUACUGCCAUCCCCGUGUCAUCUCACUUUGGUUAGCACAAGGGCACCUCACAAUCAGUCUCUCUGGUAUAAACUUGAAUUUCCAAUGUUACUGAGUUUUCCAACAUUCAAACCCCUAGGCAAAGUCUCAUUAUAAUGGAUUAAAAGAAAUCCUAUCAACAAGCUGCCACUUCCCUAAGGGAAGGACUGACCACGUAGCCACUGUGUCUUGUGAUUUCUAUUUCAAUUCACACAAUCGAUUCUCUACACCAAAGUACUAAAAAAAAGUUUAAGAAGUAUUUUUAAGAAGACAGUCUAUUUCAUUGUUUUUGAACUUGCUUUCCACCUCAGUGGAUUUUUAAAAAAUUCAUUUAAGAACACCAAUGUUUUAAAGUCCUAAUGAGAGUUUUAUUCUUUAUUAGGAAUGCUCCUAAAUGCCCAUUUUCAGGUUUCUCUUCAAAAGUUUAAAUGUCUUCACUAAAAAAUAAAUCACUGAAACAAACAUUUGCAAUUUGUUAUGCUGGAGCUUCUAACUGCAUCUAGCUAU